AUGCUCUCCUGCCUUUCCCGUUGCAGCAGCAGCAGCAGCAGCAGCAGCAGCAGCAGCAGCAGCGUCUUCAUCGCCAGGGCCCCCCUGCGUGUGCUCCUGCUGUCCAGGCGGCUGCAGCAGCCGCAGCAGCAGCAUCAGCAGCAGCAACUCUCAGCUAUUUCAAGCUUUUCGCCCUACAUCUUUCGCCAGGCAGCAACUCCAGUGGCUCCAGAAGCUGCAGCAACGCGGAUCGUUCUUGCUGCAGCACCACGAAUAGCAGCAGCAGCAGCAGCAGCAGCAGCGCAAGCAGUAGCAGCAGCACAAACACUAGUAGCAGCAGCACAAACACCGGCAGCAGACGCUGCAGUAGCAGGGAUGGCGCAUAAACAGUCUGCAGGGCAGCUCUCUGCGGGUGGCGGGAGCAGCGGCGGCGGCGGCGGCGGCAGCAGCAGCAGCAGCGGCAGCAGCAGCAGCGCAGCGGGAGCAGUGCAUUCCCAACACAAGCCAUCGCAUAUGCUGGUGCUCACGAAGGACGAAACAGACGCAGCACAUAAGGCAACAAACCAGUGGCUACGAGGUGAAGCAGCAGCAACCGUUGCUGCUGGUGCUGCUGUUGCUGUUGCUGCUGCUGCUGCUGCUAUUGCUGCUGCUGCUAUUGGUGCUGCUGCUAUUGUUGUGGAGGAGGUGCUGCUGCCUUCAAUUGACUUCAGGGAGCACAAGGGCAGAUACGGGAAGGUUUGUGUUAUAGGGGGGUCGGCAGCUUAUACAGGGGCCCCCUACUUCGUUGCCGCUGCGGCGCUGCGCAUGGGUGCGGAUUUGGCUACGAUUAUAACUACGCCCAGCGCUGCGGUGCCAAUUAAGUCGUACAGCCCAGAGCUUCUUGUAUAUCCUAUCUUACCUUGCCGCUACGAAGUGCACGGGAAGGGCAGUGCGCAUGAGGGCCCCUUCGACUAUCAGAUGGAGUUGGCGCGGCUGAGGAUCCAUGCGGAGCCUGUGCUUCGCAAGGCGGAUGUCGUUGUGAUAGGCCCUGGCCUUGGAGGCAGCAGCAACUACCGCAUUCACGAGGAAGAUGAUGUGCAGCAGCAGCACCGCCACCACCACCAUCAGCAGCAGCAGCAGCAGCAGCAGCAGCACGCGCACAGUUCAGGAGAUAAGCCUGGAGGCCGCUUGUCUCAAUUGUUUAAAGGCGCAUUAGAAGAUGUGCAUAAGGUUGUGAGGGGCAGCUCUUCGUCUUGCAAUGCAGCAGAUCAGAAGGCAGCAGCAGCAGCAGCAGCAGCAGCAGCAGCUGACCCAACCAACCCCGCUACUAUGGACUACGCACGCCUUAAAGCUGCUGCAAGAGAGGCAGAAUCUGCUGCUUCUGUCACCCAAAAAGCAGCAAUUAUGCUGCUGAGGCUCUGCAUGCACCUACGCAAACCCCUCAUCUUGGAUGCGGACAUGCUUCGCAUUUUAUCGAUCCCAGGACACGAACAUUUUCUGUCUUUGUUGGAGGGGUACGGGGAUGCGGUAUUAACACCAAAUGCGUAUGAAUUAGAGUUGCUGCUGCAGGCGCUGAUGCGCCGGCAGCAGCAGCAGCAGCAGCAGCAGCAGCAGAGUGGGGUCGCAGCAGUAAGAGAACGUUUCUUGCCCUGUCCAGCGCAUGCAUUAUUCCCGGAGUCAAUAAAAGCAGAGAGCCUAACGAUGAACAUAAGAGAGACAGUGGCGCUGCUGCGGGGCCCUUGUGUCUUUGCAAAGGGGAGAGUAGAUCUGCUGGGAGCAUAUGCAGGCUUCGAGCAGCAGCAGGAAGGAGAAGUGUUUGCUGCAGUUGGUAGUCUUGAUGCUCGCUUCUUAGGGGCCCCCAAACGCUCUGGGGGUCAGGGAGAUUUAUUGUGUGGUGUCUUAGCGCAGAUGCUGGUGUGGGGUGAGAGGGUGGGCGGACAGCAGCAGCAGCAGCAGCAGCAGCAGCAAAUGCAGCAGCAGGAGCAGCAGCAGCGGGAAUUGGUUGCAUGCAUAGAGGGCAUGGGUCUUAAUGUACCUUUCUGUAGCAGCAGCACAGCCCCAAAACUCUUCUUAAUGCAUGCAGCAAGCCUACUCACAAGACAAGCUGCUGCUCUAGCCUACAGACAUCACGGAAGGGGCCUCAGUGUUAAUCAGAUAUUAGAGAGACUCGGUGCUGCUGCUGCUAUUAUCUUCCCCAAUGCGUGGCUGCAGCAGGACACACGCUAG